AUGAUGAACGGGUUUGCACUGUUCCGGGGCCUUACUAGCCGCACACCAGCCACAGCGAUCUUUGCACGGGCCAUGAGCACAGGCACACCCGCGGGUGGAGCGCAGUCGGCACUGGAAGUGCGGAUGAAGUUUGCCAGCAACCUGAACAGCAUGGUGGCGAACCAGGGAGCGAGCGUGGUGGGCAGAUCGGUGCCGGUGGCGAGCGGCGGAGCGAACCGGGCGUACAUGCGGCUGAACCGGAUUCUGUCUGAUAACGGGAUCCGGCGCGAGUUGCAGCUGCGGCGGCGGUACGAGAAGCCCAAGUACAAGAGGCAGCGCCUGCGCCAAGAGUCGCACGCGAGGCGGUUCAAGGAGGAGGUCAAGCAGAAGGUGCAUCUUAUCAUGCGGAUGAAGAACUGGGGCAUGUAG